CACUCACAUCCGCUUCCCAGCCUUCGGGCACGCACAACUCUAAUCCCCGUUCCCGUUCCCAGGCAGAAUCACCACCAUGGAAGACGAUCUCAUCGUUGUUGACGACGUGGACGACCAGGACCAGGACCAGGACGACUCUGGCCCGUCGAGGGAGGCCGACCAGGACUACCGUCCCACCCGCGCAGCGGCAGCUGCAGCACUACGUGCCACCCGAGCAGCCUCUAAGAGAAGCACGCCUCCAGUAUACACCAUGGACUACUCAGAGGGGCGAACAACGCGCUCCGCCUUGAACAGGAACAAGCCAGCUCCGAAGCUAAAGCUAAAGCUGGGCGAGAAGGCAGCGGCGCAUGCUCCCGGAAUGUCCUUCCUUGGCUCAUAUGACAGGGAACUCGAUUCCGAUGAUGAAGAACUGGUCUUCGAGGAGCAGUUUAUACUGCGGAUGCCCCCGGGCGACGACUGCGACAGGUUGAGGAAGAUGGUUGCUGCACGGGAGAUCAGCAACGACGUUUGGUUCAAGUUCAAGGACUCUCGCCGAGCUGUGUUCCACAUUGGCAACAAGACUUGGGCGGCGAAACUUGUCGACAUGCCCUGUAUAGUCGAGUCACAGAAGACACUAGACAACAAGCAAAUGUUCAAAGUCGCUGACAUAUGUCAGAUGCUUGUCGUUGAUAAACCUAUUGACAAUGAAGAUUCAUUGACUAACCAGAAGAACUUCAAUGUCGACGAGUUCAUCUGGCCGCACGGUCUCACUCCUCCCCUCCAUUAUGCUCGAAAACGACGCUUCCGCAAGAGAGUCAACAAGCGAACGAUCGAGACGGUCGAGCAGGAAGUCGAGCGAUUGCUGGAGGAAGAUGCGUUAGCAGACCAGGUUAAGUACGACGUACUUGAGAACGUCAACCCUGACCUCUCCGACUCUGAGUAUAUCGAGCUCGAGAAGGAGGACCCCAUGGGUGCCACAAUGCCAGGAUUCCUCGGCUCCGACGCGGGAGAUGCGCCAACUCCUGGUCACGACCACGGGGAAGGCGAUGAGGAGGAUGAGGGGAACGAAGGCGAGGGCGAGGGCGACAUCGACGAGGAGCUUGCUGCCGAGCUUGACCUCGCCUUGGGAGACGAAGAGGAGGUAGAUGAUGAGGAGGGGGAUGACGAGGAAGAGGAAAGCGAUGAGGACGAUGACGAGGAUGAGGACGAGGAUGAUGAGAUGUCGCAGGCGAAGAAACUUCUCAAUGAGGAGAUCAGGGACUUGGAGGCGGCUGUGGCGAAGAAGGGCAGUGAGAUUUCGAGCUCGGCGAAUCCUCUCAUAAAGAGGAGAUUCGAAGACGCGUUGAAGAAGCUACAAGCAGACCUUGACAUGAAGCUUGCUCAGCGAGAUGAGUUGAAAGAGAAGCAAAGAUUGAGGAAGGAAGGCAUUAUGCCGGAGGAAGGCGACACUGAUGGUGUCAACGAAGGGGAUGCUGAAGAUGAGGAGGAAGAGGACGAUCUCUUCGGUGACGAGCCUGGUGCAGCCAUGGACGUAGACUGAGCUGGACGGACAGAUCGUAUGUUGUAUGAAUAUUGGUCUGUAUUUUUAUGCUUGGCCGUUCAGGCAAGCUGACGCUUAGGUGGGGAGCAUCCAGGCCACAAUACGACAUUACAGGGUAUGGCAGGAAGCACAUUUCGU